AUAUGGGAGAUGCCAAACCAAAGCAGUAUACGAGUGUAACGAUGCGGGAAAGGAACAACCGUAUUCUACGACGGUAAAACGAAUCGCAUAAAUCCUGGGUCACUAAGCUUCUGACUAGGUGUAUUUGCGGAACUAUUGACAACAAAGUCAAACGUAUAGCGUUAAAAUUAUCUACUGGGAAACAGAAGUAGCUUGCUGGACAAAAAAAAGUUUUUUUUCUCUCCAACCCUUUCCUUCCUACCUUCCUUCCCCUGGACCAAAAACUAUGCGGAAUUCUGGAGGAUCCACUGAAGUCACAGUGUCAAAGCACGCGUUGCUAGUAUUUCACAUCCACAAAGCGAUCACAAUGAUCACUUUUAAUUGUGUCCCCUAUAUGUGACCUUUAUCAAAAACAAUUUACAUAAAAUAUAGCCUAGCAGUGCGCGCUCUCGGUGAAGCGCAGCAUCAGCACCAGUAACUGAUGCGCGUCCCCGCCCCGGCAGAGGCUACCCGAGAUCCCGGGAAGAGGAGUUGGAGCUGCGCGAGUUAAAGUUGGGAAAAGGGGGGUGAAAGGAUGCUACCGUGCCCUGUGGAUAGGAGAACACAAUCGACGAUCUAAUUAACAUAGCAUGUGCGGAGACGCGUGUCCUCUGUAAAGGAUGUUUUGCAAAAUAUUGAGCAUAAGCCUUUUAUUUUGGGGUUUUCAAGAAUGCUCAUCACAUGAAUGUGUUGAUCCCCUGGUAUCUUCGCUCUAUGCCAACUCCUUCUUGGCCUCUUCCAGAUAUAACUUUUUGUACUCGGCCAACUUUGCCAAAUUGUAUGGAAGCAGUGGCUGGUCCCCGUCCCCCCGGGACAGACAGCCCUGGCUGCAGAUUGAUCUGAAGAGGAAGUACCGCAUCCAGGCCAUCGCCACCCAGGGCACCUUCAAUUCCUAUGACUGGGUCACCAAGUACACCCUUCUCUAUGGUGACCGCCCCGACUCCUGGACGCCUUACGUUAUGAAAGGAGGGAACUCGACAAUGCCUGGGAACUGGAACUACCACCAGGUGAAGAGGAAUGUGUUCCACUAUGCCUUCACAGCCAAACACAUCCGCCUCCUGCCCCUGGGGUGGAACACAGAGAAUGGAGGCAAGAUUGGCGUCAGGCUGGAGGUGUUUGGCUGUGCUUACGACUCCUACGUGAUGCAGAUGAACGGGGACGACUCGGUGGCCUACAUGUUCCCAGGGAAGAGGUUCCGGACCCUGCAGGACCAUUUUGCCGUGAACUUUAAGACCCUGGAGCAGGACGGGCUGCUGCUACACAGUGAGGGAGUCCAGGGAGACAUCUUGACCCUGGAGCUGAGGAAAGGACGCCUCGUCCUCACCAUCGGCCUAGGAAGCAGUAUGGUCAACCAGGUGGACGGUCGGACCACAAUGACCGUUGGCAACAUACUAGAUGACCAGCACUGGCAUUACGUCACCAUCAAGCGCUACGGUCGACAGGUCAACUUCACAGUGGACGCCCACACUGAGACGGCCAUUAGCAAUGGAGAUUUCACCUAUAUAGACCUGGACACUCAGAUGUUUGUGGGCGGAGUGAUUGAGCCCAAUGUGCCCCACCUCCCAGAGGUUCCUAACUUCCGUGGCUGCCUGGAGAACGUCUUCAUCAACGGGAUCAACGUCAUCAACAUGGCCCAGGACCAGGAGCCUGAGAUACGCAUCCCUCGGCAGAAGAAGAUGCACUACGCGUGCCGUGACAUCCUGUGGAAACCCAUGACCUUCGCCGGGCCCAACAACUACCUGCAGGUGCCUGGGUUCUUCAGGAAGCCUCGGAUGUUUGUCAAGUUUAAGUUCCGUUCCUGGGACUACACAGGCCUGCUGAUGUUUACACGCUUCGCUGACGACCUGGGAGCCUUGGAGCUGGGCCUAAGUGAAGGACAGGUCAAUGUCACACUCUUUCAGCCAGGCAAGAAGAAACUACAGUUCGCAGCAGGUUACCGUUUGAAUGAUGGUUUCUGGCACACGGUAGACGUAGCAGCCAGGGACAACCUACUGUCCAUCACCAUAGAUGAGGAGGAGGGCUCUCCGCUGAAAAUCACCAACCCCUUCACUGUCCGCACAGGGGAUCGCUACUUCUUUGGAGGGUGUCCGAAGACGAACAACACGAUCAGGAAGUGUGAGACCAAGCUGAACCACUUCCACGGCUGCAUGCAGCAGAUCUUUAUCGACAACGAGCCGGUGGACAUCGACAUCAUCCUGCAGCGACGCUGGGGACGCUACGCUGAACUGUUGCUGGGCACCUGUGGUAUCACUGACAGAUGUACUCCAAACCCCUGUGAACACGAGGGCAGAUGCAUCCAGUCCUGGGAUGACUUCAUAUGUCUGUGUGAGAACACAGGCUACAAAGGGGAGGUGUGCCAUAUGUCGGUCUACAAAGAGUCGUGUGAGGCCUACAGACUUACUGGCAAAUCCUGGUCAGGGAAUUAUACCAUAGACCCGGACCUGAGCGGACCCUUGAAACCAUUCGAGGUGUACUGCACGAUGAAAUCCGACAAGGCAUGGACGAUAGUGAUGCAUGACCGUAUCGACGGCAUCAAGGUGACCGGUAGCACGGUGGACCGUCCUUACAUAGGAGACGUCAACUACUGGAAUGCCUCCUGGGACGAUGUCUCAGCACUGGCCAACACCUCCAUGUACUGUGAACAGUGGAUCGACUACUCCUGCUACAAGUCACGCAUCCUCAACACGCCCAAUGGGAGACCGUAUAGUUUCUGGAUUGGUCGAAAUAACGAGAGUCACGAGUACUGGGGCGGGGCUUUCCCUGAGAGUGGGAAGUGUGGCUGUGCUAUCAACCAGACCUGCACUGACGCCAGGUUUCACUGUAACUGUGACGCUGACUACCGCCAAUGGUACUCAGACAAGGGCUAUCUGAUGUGGAAAGACCACCUCCCAGUGAGGAAGGUGGUGGUGGGGGACACCAACAGGACCGGGUCGAAGGCCCACAUCAGCCUCGGGCCCCUACGUUGCCACGGCGACAGGAGCAUCUGGAAUACCAUAUCGUUCACCAAGCCAACCUACAUCGAGUUCCCCACCUUCAGGCCAGGCAGCACCGUCGACAUCUCCUUCCACUUUAAAACCUACCGCCCCCACGGAGUCUUCCUGGAGAACUCAGACGACUGGCUCCGUAACUUCAUACGCAUUGAGCUCAACACCACCCAGAACCUGGUCUUCAUAUUCAUGGUGGGAGACGGCAUCCUCAACGUGACGCUACGCUCGCCGGUGCCUCUAAACGACAACGAGUGGCACUUUGUCCAGGCAGAGCUCAACGUGAAGUUGGCCAGGAUCAAAGUGGACUACCAGCCAUGGGCUGUGAGACGCUUCCCUGGCCAGACCUUUGUCACCAUGGAGUUCACCCACCCUCUCCUCGUGGGCGCAGCCAAUCGCACGCUGUGGCCAUUCCUGGGCUGUCUCCGAGGGUUACGAAUGAACGGUGUAACCCUUAACUUGGAAGGCAAAGCGAAUGAAGAACAGGGUAUACGGCGGAACUGCACGGGCCAGUGUCUGAACGCGACCAUACCGUGUCGAAACGCCGCCCAGUGUAUCGAGGGCUACGCAGCCUACACCUGUGACUGCGGCAACACUGCCUUCGACGGAUUCUACUGCCACAAAGACAUUGGGGCCUACUUUGAGAUAGGCUCGUGGUUACGCUACAACAUCAGAAAGAAGCCUACGACCAAUGAGGAGUGGUGGGCUAACUGGCUGGACCCCCACUACCACAACUUCAGCCUGGGCUACAACGACACCAGUGAUGAGAUCGAGUUCAGCUUCAGUACCUUCCAGACGCCGGCUGUACUGCUCUACAUCAGCUCUUUCGUCCAGGACUACAUGGCUGUCAUCCUGAAGAAAGAUGGAACCUUAGACAUGAGGUAUAGGUUGGGUUUGAUUACCCACAAGUACCAGUUGUCCUUCAGGAACCUGGCAGAUGGAUACCCCCACUACGUCAACAUAACCAGACACAACAGGACCAUCAGGACACAGGUGGACUACAUGGAGCCGAUAGUGGAGAAGAUCACCCUAGUGGAGGACGGAAGAUUUGACUCACCCAAGAACAUCUUCCUGGGGAGAGUGAUGGAGGUGGGUGACAUUGACUAUGAGAUCCAGAGGCAUAACAGUCCUGGUCUGGUGGGCUGUAUAUCUGGGGUGAGGUACAACAUCUACGCCCCUCUUAAGACCCUCUUCCGGCCGAACGAGACGGAACCGCCGGUCACUGUGCAGGGCUUCGUCUCCGAGUCUAACUGUGGGGCCUUCCCUCCUGUCCAUGGAUAUGUCCCCUGGGAGGCGGACCACUGGUUCACUUCUAUAGAAUACAUCUAUAUCCACGAUGACCUAGGCCUGUUUUGGUUGACAGUUGUUGUCAUCGCGGCCGUGAUAUUGCUGUUCAUAGGUCUGUACAGCAUCUACAUCUAUCUGUACCGAUACAAGGGCAGCUACCACACCAACGAGCCCAAGAACUUCCUGGAGUCCCCUGGAGGCAGCAGCUCCAGGCCCCUGACAGGGACCCUGGAGAAGAAGCGAUUUCCAGGGAUAGAGGAAGACUUUCGGAGUGACUAGCCUCAGGCUGGGGAACGGUGGGAGGGAGGGAUUGAAGUGGGGAGGUUUUGGGGCUUACAACAACCACAAUACCUAUUUAUGUUUUAUAAUUCCUUUAACUUUUUGAUUUACUUUUCGGUUUUGUUUUCCUUUCCCCAGGUAUGUGUUAUCUUAAGCCUGGUCCUCGACAUAGUGUUGUUUUUCUGAUGGGUUCAUCGUUUUGCAGGCUUCGGAGAUCAAAUCAAGCCCGUAUUGCGUGAGUGACGACCGACCAAGCUCACACUGUAUUGAAGGGUUGACCAACUGAAGUGCCUCGACAGAGCAAAACGAGAUCAGAAGUAACCCCAUGAGUUCAUUCAGGAUGUGAGACAUAAACUGAGGGAAUUAGAUUUCAGGUCACGUUGAAUUGUGACAUUUUUACAUCUUACUAAUAUCCUCACAUGCAGUAACACGUAUUCAGCAGCCUCUUCUGGUUCGUAGGUCUGUUAUUGAGAUCACUUGAUAGAUCAGUGCCAUCUACUGUGCAACUCUUUCCGACAAUCCACUCUUGCAGCCAUUUUGAUAAAGACAUCCAAACUAUCCCACUCGUCCGAUCCUUUGACUAGUGAGCCAGGAUCCACCGCAGAGAGAUGCUGCAACUGUGCAGCAACAACAACCACAGCAAUAACAAGGACAAUCUGGCAUCUGCAAACAGUCUUUCCUGCUUAACACCAAUUGAAGAAGCUAUAAAAAGCAUGGAGCUCUAAGCUUUGACAUGACAUAUCUAAAGAAUAAUGGAAGGUAUAUAAACAUAUAUUUGUUGUAUUGCAGCCUAUGAAAUUGCAUAGCUAUACAAAAGAGGAACAUGUAUUGAUGGUUAGUUUCAUUAGAUAGCAGCUUGGCCAAUUACAGUAUGCUCUGCGAUUUCCUAACCGAUUCCCAACCAAUCAAUUAAGCAGCCAUGUACGAUCAGCAAAACAUACGGAAUACAUGUGACAUUUGGCUUGAAAUAUAAGACGAUCGCCCUAUUCUUCUUCAGAAUCCUCAGAGUAACAUAUGAAAUGGGUGGGUAGCGGCAAGAAGCCAUGGUAGUUUGACGUUUCCCAACUGUAGUGCUAUCAUGUUAUUGUGAGACUGACCGUUGGUGCACUGCAGAAAAGGGAAUGGAGAUGUUGAGCCAGGGACAGGACUCCUUAUUGCUAUUAAUCCUGAUUCCACGCUUCAUUUUCGGUUUGACUUCCAGUAGCUAGUGAACAUGCAGCCAAAAUCUUAAUUUAAAAAAUAUAUUUUUUUAAAUGUAGCCAAAAUCUGGGGGCUAUUUCAGAUUCAGAGGCCCCGGCGUGGAGGGCCCCCUACCAACAGCAGCCCUGUCGACCAGCCUGGUCAGGAAUCAUUACAAAUGUCUUUCAGGAAAAGAGCUGCUCCGCAUGAACAUCCGGACAUGCAAACACACUCACACACACACUGGCAUAUUGUAUAGAGGACCACAACAAUGUCAAUGCCAGUCUUGUACUUCUUCUCACCACACUAGUUUAUUUUUGCAUCUGACUGCUCUGUAGGACAGUACUGUGCUGUGCCGCCCCCGCUGCUGUUGCUUCUUACCUACUGGGCACUGGUUGAAUCAACGUUGUUUCCACAUUAUUCCAAUGAAAUCACGUUGAACCAACGUGGAAUAGACGUUGAAUUGACGUCUGUGCCCAGUGAGUAGGUGCUUCUUAUGGUGCAUCUCUUCCUUUAGGUCCAAUGAUAUUUCCCUGUCUGGAAAGUCACGCUUUCAGGUUAGACGGUGGGGUGAGGUUACGGUCAGGGAAGAUUUUCCCAGUAGGUGAAACGCCAUUGGACCCAUGUAAUGUGUGGCGUGGUAACCAAAGCUUAUGUCUCUGACAUCAUCACCCAGCGCCCUUUGAAGCUAAAGCAGUAAUACAUCAUAGAAAAAAAAAAGAGAGAAAACAUAAGAGCAUUUUGAAAAUCAUAAGCUAUGCAUAUAUAGAGCAUGAUGAUCGCACCUUGCAAUGAAAUGCAAUAAAAUCAGCCGCUUCCAGCGCAGAUCACCUAAAGAUAUUUUUUUUGUGUCUGUUCCGUUCGCAGCAACUUGCAGCAGUUAGGAUCCUAGACAUAAUAUGUAUAUGUGAAUAUAUGAAUAAGGUGUUUAUCGACUUUUUCAUUCCUAUGGUUUGUAUGAAACGGUUGAAAAUGAGGCUGAGAGGUUUGAAUGUAAAUCCUAAUCAUGACCCUGUAUAUGGACAGGCUCUGCUCCUCUCUGUGUGUGCUCUGUAUGGUAUGAACACUCAUUAAACAGAAAACUAUUCAGCAUAGCUUUCUCACAUGUUCAGGAUGUGGACAAUACUGUACCCUCCCGAUGUUUCAGUAGAAACAUCAUAGAACAUAUUUCAACAUCCUUGGUUUAGCCUGUUAAAGAGGACAACCCGUUAUUAAGACUAGAUGGUAAAAAGCAUUACAAUUACAAUCAACUAUAAGAUAGAAUUGGAAAUGCCUAGCUUUUUCCCAAGCCAUAUUUGUAAGAAUGUACAAUUUUCAAUAGUAUAAAUGUUACCAUUGGGCAAUUAGAGUAGUAACAUGUUCCACCUCUGGAGAAAUAUAAUUUUUUGGUUUUUGUACAGAGAUGGACAAUCACCUGUUACAGAGUUCAUAUUAAACAAGUCAACAACCUGGGUCAAAUGUGCUUUGAAGCCUUUUAGGGAAAUAGUCGACUUAUUGAUAUAUUAUGUAAAUGUCUACGCUGCGAUGUGUUUAUUUGAAAUGGACUACAGUACAUGUGCAUCCUGCCUAGCAUCACUUCGAUGCCACACCUUAGCUAGUCCAUCCAUGCGUGGUUCCUGGAGUGUGUGUGCUUGAAUGUACAGUAGACGUGUUGGUUUGUGUGUUCACAGUUAUGUUUGUCACCUAACCCUCCCUACUGAUGAUGAAGACAGUCUCUGCACUGAUGAUGUGAAUGAUCCAACUCACUUGUUGUCGUCCACCAAUAGCAGAACAGUGAGCAGAUAGUGAUUGGGUGCUGUCCAGACAGGCUCCUCCCUACUCGGAUGUUGCUCUACAGAUUUUGGUAAUCAGGGACUACACUGAAAAGAACAGGAAGACCAGAACAUUGUUUAUGUUUUAUUGACAACGUUUCGAUCCGAACCGGAUAUUCAUCAGGUCAAAAUAUCAGCAUUUUUAAGGAUGCGCGUAUGACCACAAACUUUACUACACUGUAUGACACCAUCAGCUCUUAGAUCUGUGCUGAUUGGCAGUCUAUAGCAAGUUCCCUACCUUACACUCUUAGAAAAAAAGAGUUCUUCAGCUGUCUCCAUAUGAGAACCUUUUUUGGUUCCAUGUAGAACAAAAAAAGGUUCUACCUGGAACCCAAAAGGGUUUAACCGGCAACCAAAAAGGGUUCUUCAAAGUGUUCUCCUAUCGGGACAGCCAAAUAAACAUUUAUGGUUCUACAUAGCACUUUUUUUCUUCUAAGAGUGGAAUAUCAACUUAGCCGUGGAUCAACUUGGCCAUCCCUAUAGGGUGACCGCCAGGGUGAGCAGCUAAGGUUCUCUGUGUAAAGGAGACUCAAAUGUAAUAAGGGGUUGAGGGAGUGAGCACAAGGUUGAAAAAGACGAGGAUUCUGUCCGUCCUACAAGCAGGGUGUCAUCAUAUGACAGACUAGUGUUGUUCCCUACAGCGGAGGAGUGGCCUACAGACAGAGCUAGGGCCAGGCUAGAGGGAGGAGCAGGCAGGGGAGUCUAAGAGGGCCAGACCCCUCUGUGGGUCGCUACCCUAUAGAAUCUUGCAAGAGGAGGCACCAGACAGUUAGUGACUAUAUGACCUAAUGUAGCAGGUGUAAAGUAAAUGCCUGAGCGGGGUCCCCACAUCUGGUUUUCAGGGGGAAAAGAAGCUAGGUUGAAGAUGCUGUAUCCCUGAAAACCAGAUGUUUCAGGUUUCUUAAAACCCUGCUGAAGGUGGUGACCGACUGCAGGACUUUGUGUUUGUGACCACACUGAAAUCGUGGAGGUUUUUUUUUCUCUCUCUUUCUGUUAUGUUGGUUUUGUUUUGUAAUAAUUUCACUGUAAAUGACCAUAACUAUGUUAAUCAAAGCAAAACCAAACUGACACUUCAAUAAAGAAUCUUGAAGGAAAUUCAAA